CAUUUACAGUAACACUGAAGUUAAAAGCUUUCUUCAAUGAGCUUCAGCUUCAGUUAGCUUCAGAACAUGUUAAUUCAGUGGGCACAAAGUUACAUAUCCUCAUACCCUCAUAUCAAACUUCAUUCAAAUACACAUGACCUCGAAAGCAUAGUUCACACAAAUAAGCUUGAUUUGUGCAUCUGCAGCAUGAUACUGGAAUGAGGUCCAGAGAAUUCCAGAUCUGAUAUAAUUUGGUUCAAAUGUCAUAAUUUGAAAUUUAAGAACGUUUAGUGAUUAUUAAGGUCUAAUAUCUGUAUUGUAAAAUACAUAAUUCAGGUAGUUCCAGAUAAAUUGUAAGCCAGCUUUGAAGAACUAAAAAAUACAGGCUCAUGUGAAAUUGUCAGCAAUGCAGUCAAACUCAGUUAUUACCAUGUGAAAAACAGGACCAACGUCUUUCACAUGUCCAUUCGUCUAAUCCUGUGAGACCUUCAUGUAUACAAUUUUGACAUUUGUAUUAAACUUCAUUCUAGAUGCAUAAGACCUAUAAGAAGUAUCUUGGACUGAUUGUCUUCAGUGUUGGUGGGCUGCUACUGCUAGUCUUGUUUCAUGCAUUUAGCCCUGGGUCCAUCUCAGGAGUUGACAUACGGCCAAGACCAGGGAGUCCAAUAAAGAAACUCCUUGAGAAGAAAAUUCAAGACAUCGCUAGUGGCUAUCGUGACAUUGUCUACCAUAUAAAAGAAGAAGUGGCAUGUCGUUUGGCUCAAAAUACAUGUGUAUGUCUUGCUGAUGAGAAGACAUUUCAGCUGCCAUUCUCCAAUCUGUUCUUCCAACGCGUGUGGGCCCACAAACUCGAUAUAGCAUUUUUAGAGUCCCAUCCUGACCCUGAGGGUGUAAAGCGUCACAGAGCUCAGGAGUACAACAGCUUUAAGAAGAGGUCCUACAGUCCUGCAGAUGUGCUGAUUGUAGCUGAGGCCAACAGUCCUCUUCAGUAUCCCACUCAGGGGGUGGAGGUGCGACCCCUCAAAACAAUCAUCAUUCCUGGUUUGGGUCUUAAAGAAGAAACAAGAUCAAACCAUACAGUGUGUUUAACAGCAACACUCGGGACUUUUGAUGUUGCUGCUACGGUUGACAAUGUCUCUGUCAAAGGAGAGGGAGAGAAGCGCAUGAUACUGUCGAGUCCUCUUCUCUCUGCUCUGAACAGGCAGCUGCAAUUCGUGACCUAUAGAAACACAGUUUUCCAUCCAAAGACAGCGGAUAUAGUUGAGUUUGCAACUGAAGGUCACCAGUCAUUUUUCACUAUUAAGAUUGAACAUGGAACCAUCCCUAAACUUUAUAACUCUGGAUACCAAAGAGAAUACAAUAUUAGUGCUCUUGUUACCAUCGCCACCAAGACCUUUCUACGCUAUGACAAACUCAAAGAUCUCAUUGACAGCAUACGGAAAUAUUAUCCCACUGUCACCAUGGUGAUAGCAGAUGAUAGUGAACACCCUCAGCCUGUGAGGGGGCCUUACAUUGAACACUACAUCAUGCCAUUUGGAAAGGGUUGGUUUGCAGGAAGAAAUCUGGCAGUGUCUCAAGUGACCACCAAGUAUGUACUCUGGGUGGAUGAUGACUUCAUCUUCACUGCAAACACUAAGCUGGAGAAGAUGGUGGAGAUCCUAGAGGAGACCACUCUGGAUCUGGUUGGUGGUGCAGUGAGAGAGGUGACAGGUUACACUGCAACAUACCGUCACACCAUUUCAGUGGAAGAGGGGGGAGAGGAGGGCAACUGUUUACACAUCAGAAAAGGCUACCACCAUGUCAUUGAGGGAUUUCCUAAUUGCGUGGUAGCUGAUGCCAUCAUCAACUUCUUCAUGGGGCGGACAGACAAGGUGCAACAGGUGGGCUUUAACCCCCGCCUGGCUCGGGCGGCUCAUCUGGAGUUCUUCAUCGACGGUCUGGGCAUCCUCCACAUUGGCUCCUGUAAUGAUGUCAUUGUAAGCCAUGCAUCGAAGAUCACACUACCCUGGGGUGAAACAGACGCACAAAAAGCCUACAAGCAAUUCCGUUACUCGUCAUCAAAUUCUGAUAGAAACAUUCAUAAUGAGGUGUUCUACUUUAAGAAUAGGUUCAAGUGCAUGACCAGUCAGUGAAACCAGGACUCCCACCAGCCUGUUUGCUGCCUCAGUGGAAAAGAAGGAGCAUUGUUGUUGCUGUCAGGCAGAGUAAGGACUGCACAAGAUGGAUGUUUUUGUUUAAUUCCUUUUUUUGCCAAAUACAUAAACAUACAUAAACAUAUUUAACAUAUCUUCACCUUCCAAUUGUUUAAAAAGUAUCAGUCAUAAAUCUUUUUAUCAUUCCUCUUGUCCAUUUCUUUGAGAUCUCUCUUAACAUCUUUAACUGUUACUAAUUUCAGUCUUUUUGCACCUUGCUGCUGGUUGUAGUUACCUUGCCCAGGACUGCCUUAUUUUUAUGCAUAUAUCUUCUCAAAUGUCUGAUUUCGGCUGUGUUUACAUCCUCUGUUACUCAAAACAUCAGUUUAUUCCUAAAUCUUGGUUUGUUUGUUUGUCCGUUGGUUUGUUUGUUUGCUUUUGAUACGUUCUGAGACAAAUAUGAAGAAUGUUUCUUUGAGAGUUAUAAAAUCAUAUGGCUUAAAAUACAAUAGUAUACUUCCUAUGGCCUACUAUUGUGUUUUCAGCUGUUUCAAAAAACAAGGCUACUGGCAAAAGACUUUCAAAUGUCAAUAUUUAACAUGAAUGAAUAAUAUGAAUAAACAAUGAAUAAUGUUAAAUGUAAUGAAUCUAUCAUUAAGGUGACUGGUUACACCUGUGAGUCAAAGUGUCUACUGUUAAAAAGCUCUCUUAUAUAAAAUAGUAAUAUAUAUCAGCAAAAUAUUUAUUUUUUUAAGGUAUGAAGUUUUGUUUUACUUCAUUUUAACUGUCUUGCACUGAUGUUUUUGGAAAAAUGUGGAGAGAGGUAUUUUUAAACUUGUCUCAGGGCAUCUCUUUGUAUGAUUGUGUUUAUGAUGUCAACGUAAUUGUGUGAUCUACACAUGGACUGGCUUUUGUAAAGACAUUAACGUCCGUCUUCUUUCUAAUAUGCUGACAGAAGACUCACUGCUUUGACUAUAGUUUUGAGGAGUUCCACCAAACAGAGACGAUUCUCAUCUAAACCUCACUGAUGGUUUCAUUAAAAUAACUUUGGGGGCUGAAGAUUUUCAAAUCAUCCAAUAAUUCACAAAAAAACUAAUAUAUUGUGUUUCUUCUUUCCUCUCCCAGUAAUCAUCUUAUGGCGCCUCAGAUUUAUCUUGAUCUUUUGAAGGGGGUCUAACCUCUAGGUUGGGAACCACACAAACUAUAUAACUGUACAUAAAGUAGUUAAAACUAGCUCCACCUUAAGCUACAACAGCAAAAUGAUGCUUGCACAUUGUUACAUUAACAGUCUAAUAAUGUCAUGUUUUACAUUGUCUUAUUAGGCUCGCACUUUUACUUGAGUAAAGGACCUGAGUUUUGGGGGUUUAGGUUUGUUACUAUGGUGAAAACAGACUUAGUCACUGGAAAGUGACGUGACCUCAGUAUAAAGAACCUGCUGAAAGGCUGUUAUUCCAACAUUUCACCACAAGAUGGAAACAAAAGUCUAGACAAAAAUGCCAUAUGAACUGAAUUAUCUUCUGCUUUGUCAUAGAGGACCUAAAAUUACCAUUAUUAGCAGCAUUAUUGGUAGUAUUUGAAGUAUUACCAGUGGAGGAAGUAAUAGUAGCAGUGGUAGACAGGUUCAGAGUGUCUGUAUUUUCCACUACAUUUUAACUUUUUUUUUUCCCCAUUCCCGUAUAAACUGUAUCAGAUAAACCGGGAACUACUUGACAUUGUAUAGUUUUGUAAAUAUUAUUCCACUUUAAUCCACUGUUUUGUUGUGUUUUUUGUUUGUUUUUGUUUUUCUUUUAUGUUUAUUUUCCUUAGUGAUGGAAAUAAGCCACUGGUACUGACAAUUACUGUGAACAGAUUUUUUUUCUUGAUUUGUCAUAUUUGUACUCAAUUUUCCUAUUUUUGCAGUCUCACCUGUAAUCAUAUUUUCAUAGGUAAAUCAAAGCUUUAUUAGAUUGCAGACUUUCUUGUAGUAGCUUGUAGCAUUAUUUUUUGAAUAAGUGCCUGUGUGUGUGUGUGCACAUGCAUGCAUGUGUGUGUAUGUGCCUUAGUUAGUAGGUCUACCGGUAGAAUCUGGCUUAGUAAACAUUUGGCCAGAGCUUUGUGUACCAUGUUUUAAUUGAAGUGGACUACUUCCUGCCAAUUAGUGAAACACUCCUUGAGCUUUAAAGGGAAAACCCAAAGGGUACAUUGUCUAGAGGCCUCUUUGAAAUAUGCACUGGAAAAAAUUAAUAACUUGGCUAUCCAACAUCAAGUAAGGAAAUAAUUAGUUUUUUUUUUCUCCUUUUUUGUCCUGGUUUUGAACUCACACAACAUAUAGUUUUAUCAGGUCAAGGUAACAGAUUUAUGGUGAGGAGCAGUGGAGGGUAAACUCAUAACUGCUGGACAGCAGAGGGUA